CGUGUGUUAGAGGUGGCAGGAAGGAGUAUGUUUGUGUCUGUUAUUGCCUGUUUUUUUGUACUUUUUUACUGUAAACCGUAUGAAAUCAGUUAGCCCUUAUACUCACACACACACAGUGUUGAUCAGUCAUACACACACAGUGUUGGUCACUCAUACACACUGUGAACUGGUGUGUCUCAGUUCCUUCUUUUAUCACGCUGUAGAAAGUCGAGGCUUUGCCGUUGGAUAGCAGCUCACCAACACUCUUGAGGUCCACAGGAAACAUCUUCACCCUAAAACCAACAGGAUUGUUCUUCUUCCUGCAGGAUGUCCGACCCAAUGGAUGAUGAUGAGUUUUCCCACCACACAGGAUCAGACUCCAUGACGGUUUUGAAGCAGGAAUGUGAGAAUUAUGACCAGUAUUUCCUGCACAUGAGUCUGCUGCCUGCUGUGGCAAUAAUACUACUGCUGUCACUUUUAGAACGCAGGAAAAGAACUUGUGCUUGUGAGAGGAAUUUGUUGUGUCUAAGCGGCCGGUUCAGCCUUGUGGUACCUGUGGAUUUUACGAGCACUCAGGAGAACCGAUGGUCCUAUGCUUUCGCUUUUGGUGCCGUGACUCAGCACAUGGUCAGCUUGACCUUUGGCAUCAGUAACCCGCUUCCAUUUACAAUACCACCUUAUCUAAAAGUGUUUAUGUACAUGGUAGCAGCAAUAAAAGUAGGAGUCGCCUGCAUGCCGCUAUUCAUCUGCCUUUCAACAUCACACCAACUGUUAGGAGGAGUCCUGGGCCUGCUGUAUGCAGUCUUCUGGUUCAGUCUGCAAAUGUGGGAGUUAGUCUGGUGCAGUGAUUCAACAGCGGACAAGGGUGGUCUAAGAAAUGAUUUAAAGGAGCAUGAGUGGUUACUGGACUUCCCAAAUUUACUCUGUUUGGGGUUCCUGGUGUGCAGAUUUGGAUUUCAGAUAGUUAAGGAUGUUCUUAUCUGGAUGAAGAAACUCAACAAACAGGAGGAAGUUACGAAGGAGCAUUACAAAUACGUACAGAGAUUAUUACGCCGACCUGCUGAAAGGUCAGAAGAGCAGAAGAGCUGGUUCCAGAAGAAAGUGUAUGAGUGGGAUCCAUAUUUUAAAUUCCCAAACAGGAUCAUUGCCACUGUUGUGCUCUCCUUCCUCAGUUUGUACAUGAUGAUAUUAUUGGAGCAGGUUUCUUCUACAUACUGUAUGACCAUAUUGCAUGAGAAUUGGGAAAACUCCAGCUUUCUUACUGACGUGCUUGGCCCAUCAGAGAACAUAAACUAUCCUAAAUACACCUGGUAUGUGUCCUCAGCCUGUGCAGCAUUCUCGUCCCUGAUUCAUAUUAUCCACGUGUUGGUGUAUUACAGGAAGCACAUCAAAUCAAUGUGGGCUGGGGAAAAAAAAUACUUACCCAGGAACUACAAGCCGAGUCCUACUGUUAGUUUGGGUGGGCUUUUGAAGUACCCUGGCUAUCAGAUUGCCUUCACUCUAUGGGGUUAUCUGAUCGUACACUUGGCGAUGUUUGUAGGGGGUUUGGUGUUCGUGUAUAUGGUUGUACACCCAAUCCAGACAGACGGCUUUCUCCACUGGCUAAAUGAUUUAAUCAUUGUUUUGGCAAAUUUCUUUGUGGUGCUGGCUGUGAUGGCGCUACAGCGCAUGUUUAUCCACAUGUUUUUCCUGCAAGAUAAAAACUCACCUCUGGACAAAGAUAAGCCAUUAGCACUCAACAACAGGAAGGUCUUUCACAAUGUUAACUACUUCCUCUUCUUCUUUAAUGUGAUCUUGGGCUUGAUGAGCUGCAUUCUGAGGUUAAUGAAAAGCACCGCGGUGGGGUUGCUCUUGCUCUCACGUAUCGAGCGAACCAUUAUGCCGCAGGGCUUCGAGAAAUUGGACAAGAGUUACUGUACAUGGUUGGGAAUGAUAGUAGCAGAUCAUCAUCAUAGUAAUCCAGUUCUGCUGUGUUUCUGUCACCUGUUACACAAACACACACUGUGGAAUGUUCAAACAGGUGAAGGAACAUUCUUACACUCAGAGCGUCCUGAGAAAUUGCGGGCUCGUGCUCGCUGGCUUCUCAUGUACACCCUAGUGAGGAACCCUACACUCAUCCUGAUGAGAAAGCGAGCUGAGCAAAACAGAAAAGACAGCGAAUUUGCCUUCGCCUGGGCCGUCUCGAAUACCUCAUACACACAGGCCACUUAAUAAUGUGCCGAUACAUAAAUGGAGAACUGAUUAAUUACCUGAUUUAGACACUUAACACUCUCUCUGGGAUGCAGUGCAAUGAGCUGCAUAUUGGGCUUUUAAAAGGAAUAUCCUAUAUUUUGCUAUUCAAAACACUCUGGGACGUCACCAGCACAGACAUCACGUCCUCUAUACAUUACCCUGCUAGUAUUAUCACCUUAUAUUCAUAAUUAAAAUUAACUUUCUUUUAUGUUUCUUACACUAAUUAGAUAAAAUACAUAAAAUGUUUUUUGGCUGCUUUCAUCAAGGGGUUGUGACAAUGGACCAUCUUAUCUGCACACCGCACUUUUGGCACAGGUUUUACGCUGAAUGCCCUUCCUGAUGAAACCCUUCUAUUUUUUGGCUGUCCCCAGGGGCCAGAGUGUCAAUAGCAAAUUCUACUGGCAGGUUUUGAACCCCUGAGGGAGGCAUGUACGACGAAAGUGAAAAGCAGCUCUCGAAACUUUUGAAACAGUACCACCUCGUGUACCUAAAGUACCUCACUUUAUUAAUUAUCCUCUCAUGUCAUUUUUCAUUAUUCUCUUUUCUGACAUAUUGUUACUUAUUAAUUAUAUUCUUUGAAGCUGUCUCAAUUAUAAAAAAUAAAUUAAAAAAACACAAGCACAUCAGACACCAGUGUGCUUUUUUUGUUUAUUUAUAUUAAUUAAUCAAGAUGGUUUAUUAUAUUGCCAAUACAAUAGUAUGCCUGGGAGAAGUAUAACAUAUAUUGUAUAAGACAAAUAUCACAAAUCUACUCAUUAUAAUUAAUAUAAUAAAUAAAUAAGUAAAUAAAAAAAAACAUUAUGUCAGUUCUUCAAGCCCAACACAUCACAGCCAUUCUGUUCAUGCUACACGAAAUGGUGUCAUUGUUCUUUUUACAUACAGCCAGCUUGUCGGUCUCUUAGGUCAGCUGAUCAGCUUCUCCUGGAAGUACCGAGAUCUAGGAGGAAGCUCAGAGGGGAUAGGGCCUUCGCCAUCGUGGCGCCCAAACUGUGGAACAACCUGCCUCUGUAUGUUAGAACGGCAGCUUCACUGUCAACUUUUAAAAUACGUCUUAAAACCUUAUUUUAUUCUUUGGCUUUUGGCCUCAGUGAGACUUCUUUUCUUCCAUUUAUAAAUGUUGAUUGUUUUAGUUUUUAACGUACAGCACUUUGUGUCAGCUGUGGCUUUUUUAAAGUGCUUUAUAAAUAAAGUUGAUGAUGAUGAUGAUGAGAUGUUGCACGGAACCUCAGAGAGUUUAUUUUAGCGCAGCAGAUGUUUGUGUGUUUAACGGUAGGCCGCUGUAGCAUUGUGGAGUGAUGAGGAUCCCGCCUCAAAUUUCACACCAUACAGCUUGUUAAAACACACGUAAAGAAAAAUGUA